GCGUGCAAAUAACGGUGUUCAUAAAUUUUGGCACACAUGUUGGAAAAAUCCAGAAUUCAGCUAGUACAUUGCUGCAAGAGUGUGUUGUUGGCGUGAAACAGGUCACAGUGAUUAGAUACAGUUAGUCUACUGAUACCCCCAAAUAGCCAUGAGUACGGAUGAACUAAGGAAGGAUGCUGCAGAAUUGAAGGGUUUCCUGGAAACUGCAUCUCGUCCCAGAGUAAAAGAUAUUUUAUCUGUAGAACUUCGGAAGAUAGAAACAGAUAUCAUCAACAAAGAGGAGGCUGACAGAACAAGUGACGUUGCCAUGGAAACAGAAACUGCUAAACCUACAACAGAGGAACUAAAAAUCAAACAGCCUCGUUCUGUAUCCUACAUACAGGAGAAAACUUAUGCUUGGGAUCAGUCGGAAAAAUUCAUGAAAAUCUAUGCCCAGUUGCCUGAUGUCCAAAGUUUACCCACGGAUAAAAUCACUUGUGAUUUUACUUCAAGGUUGGUAUUCAUAGAAACUACAUAACUUCUCAGCUCCAUU